AUGGCUUUCCUGGUUGAAUCGAAUCCGGACCCGGACAACUCGUAUGCCCGACUUAUUCGAAACCAAAAAUAUGCCAUAAUCCCGAGCUUUCAGUUAGAAUCAGGCGAGACGCUUUCUAAAUGCCCAAUAGCGUACAAGACUUGGGGGUCUUUGAAUGAAAAUCGCGAUAAUGUGUUAGUCAUAUGCCAUGCCCUGACAGGGAGUAGCGACGUCAGCGACUGGUGGAGUCCUCUCAUCGGCCCGGGGAAAGCAUUCGAUCCCCGACACUUCUUCAUUUUCUGUGGCAAUGUCUUCGGGUCUCCUUACGGAAGCGCGUCGCCGUUAACAAAGAACCCGAAUACGGGUCGACGAUAUGCCGGCGAAUUCCCGCAAACGACCAUCAGAGAUGAUGUACGAGCCCACAAGCUCGUUCUUGAUGCUUUGGGUGUCAAAUCUGUGGCAACUGUCAUUGGCGGAUCGAUGGGCGGUAUGGCCACGCUAGAAUGGCCACUUUGCACACCCUCGAACUUUGUCAAGAAUAUCAUUCCCAUUGCCACAGCUGCAGACCACUCAGCUUGGGGAAUUUCUUGGGUUGAGACUCAACGACAAUGUAUCUACUCUGAUCCCAAGUUUCUUGACGGACGCUAUGAGCCAACCCCUGAAGGCCAGCCAUCGGCGGGGCUCGCUGCUGCUCGCAUGAUUGCCAUGUUGACCUAUCGCUCUUGCACGAGUUUCGAUAAUCGCUUUGGAAGACGGCCUUUAAGGGAGCUGAAUAAGCCGAAAGAUCCGCCUUUAGAUUUACCACGGACGGAAAGUCCGGCGAUUGAGCCAGCUCAUGGCAGGUCACGACGGCCCACUAGAGACCUAUCCUUUUCAGCGCAGGGUUACUUACGUUAUCAGGGCAAGAAAUUCAUCAGCCGGUUUGAUGCCAAUUGCUAUUUGCACAUCACCUACAAGAUGGACAGCCACGAUGUGGCCUACGGCAGAACGAAAGAUCUAGGAGACAGGGCGCUGUCAGACGUGCUCUCAAGAGUUCCUUUUGGGGCUCUCGUUAUUGGAGUUGAAACGGAUGCGUUAUUCUUGCCCGAGCAACAAGAACGGUUGGUUGCAUGCCUGCCAGGUGCUUCGCUCUCUGUGCUUGAAUCUUCAGACGGUCACGAUGGGUUCUUGCUCGAGUUUGACCAGCUUGACGCCCUUAUCCAAACCAAGCUGAGAUCUGACUUGCCGCACCUCUAUGCAACUACAAAUAAGUUUGAAGAAACUUUCGACCUGGACAUAACAGACCCAUCAGGACGAAGUUUGACAGGGGAGGUUGAGCGUUGGUAG